AUGGCAUAUGCAAAAGGACCACCGCCAACUCCGAGGUAUCUCCACCAUACUUUCGACGCACACUCUGGGCCCGUACAUGUGGUUCGUUAUGCAAAGGGAGCAGCAAAAUACAUCCUCUCUGGUGGUCAAGAUCGUACCAUUCGCCUAUUCAACCCGGAGCAGGGAACAGAGAUUAAGACUUACAAGGGACAUGGAUAUGAAGUCUUGUCAUUGACAAUCACCGCAGACAACUCCAAGUUCGCCAGUGGAGGAGGUGACAGGAGCGUCUUUUAUUGGGACAUCAGCACCGGCCAGACUAUUCGCAGGCUAGCCGGCCACAUGGGUCGUAUCAAUGCAGUAGAAUUCAACACUGAUGCCUCCGUGCUUGCUAGUGGGUCAUAUGAUGGAAAGGUCAACCUCUGGGAUCUGAGGGCUCAAGGCGUCCGGACUCCAAUUCAAACGCUCGACGAAGCUCACGAUUCAGUCACUUCAGUGUACGUUGCGUCGCAUAUGAUCUACACCGGAUCUGUAGACGGACACGUGCGAACAUAUGAUAUGAGGAAGGGCGAGUUACGGGCCGACUAUCUUGGAUACCCGGUGACAUCGGUCCUACCCACAGCUGACUUACAAACGGUCCUCGCUACUAUCCUUGAUAGUAAAGUCAUCCUGCUAGACGAUAGUGCCGGCACUGCACUUGCGACUUUCACUGGCCACCGAAACAAAGAGUAUAGGUCUCGCGCAGCUUUUGGUCAUCAGGAAGCAAGUGUUAUCUGCGGUGACGAAGACGGCCGCAUCUGGGCGUGGGAUCUGUUGGAUAGCAAACCGCUGGGAGAAAAUCCACCACGGAAAGUUCACAAUAAGGUCAUAACGUGGGUAGAGCAGCAUCCAGUGCGGGCUGGAGAGCUGGUGUCUGCGAGUGGAGAUGGGACAGUCAAAGUUUGGCGACUUCAACAGAAACAAGAAGAUGUCUGA